GCCAAAAGAAAUGUAAACACUAGCAGCAAACAAUUAGCGAGAACUCAAGAGAAAUUUAACAAAUUCUAAUUAAUUCACAAAUUAUUAAAUAAAAAAUAUGUCUAAAGUAAAUAAAACCGCGCUAAAUUUAAAACAGUUUAUGCUGCGCCAAGAGGUCUUGAAAUUAUAUCGUGAUAUAUUUCGCACUAUACGUUUAGUACCCGAUGCCAAUAGUCAACAGGAAUUGCGCACCUGGGCUAGACAAGAUUUUCGUGUUAAUCAACAGCAAACCGAUGAGGUGGCCAUUAAAAUGUUACUACAAUACGGUAGACGUAGUUUAAAUGAAUUACGACAAAGUCUACAUUUAAGUGGUGUUUGUAAUGAGGAUAAGAAAUGAUACGCUGAAUGGAUGAAUGAAGGCAGGACAAUGAAGGAAAGAAACUACAAGUGCUGACAUUUGAUUUAAUAUAAUUGCUUUGGUUUUUUUUUUGUUAUAUUUUAUUUCGUUAAUAUAAUUCGUUUUUUAUUAAAAACUAUUUUAAGGCUACAAAAACUCCAAGCAGUUUUAUAAUUAAAACUAAACCAUAGGCAUGUUUUACCGAGGAAGUGUGAAGAGGUGAUUAUGUAUAAACUAAAUUACAACCUUUUGAAGUGUAUGUAUGUAUACAGAUAGAUUUGGAAGUUUCAAUGUUACUUAUUACAAAUUGUUAUUUAUCUUUUUAGAUUAAAAUAAUGCUCAAAUAUUGGAGUAUUAAAUGAUCUGGAUUAACA